CGACUUCCGUCAAACUCGUCAAAGUUAAAAACUGCAUUGAAACGGGAGGAGAAGCCGCAACAAACACUUAUACCGCAUAAGCUUUAAAAUCAACAUUUAUUUUUGCAUAUUUUAUAAGUUUUCGAUUGAAUUAAUCCUUCAAAUAUGUUGAUCAAAGUGAAGACGCUUACAGGCAAGGAGAUCGAGAUUGAUAUUGAGCCGACAGAUAAGGUGGAGAGGAUUAAAGAAAGAGUGGAAGAGAAAGAAGGCAUACCACCGCAGCAACAACGUCUUAUAUUUUCCGGCAAACAAAUGAACGAUGAAAAAACGGCCCAGGACUACAAAGUGCAAGGCGGCUCUGUUCUCCACUUGGUGUUGGCACUGCGAGGAGGGGAGUGAAGGCUUGUGAUACUUUUCUCAUAUUUAUAACUCUUAAUUUUAUGUUACAUUUCUUGUAUAAAGUAAAUAUGAAUUCAUAAACAAA